CACUCUCACUUCUUCCUCUUCUAGUAGCAAGCCAAUUCUGUGGCUCCUCUUCAUCUUUCCAUCCGCUAUGAAGCUCAUUUUUCUCGUAUUAAGUGUCCUUGUCGUGGCCUGGGCACAUCCUGCGGCUGAUGGAGACGAUGACUCUAGCGAAGAAACCCCAGGUAAUUCAGACGACACAUUUCAAUUUGCUUAUGCCGUAGCCUCACCUGAACAUGGAACAUUCCAUGGACACCAAUCAACACGGGAUGAAGCAGGCCACACUUCUGGGUCCUACUAUUCAUUAGGUGCUGAUGGGCACUGGCGACAAACCAUCUAUGCUGAUAAGGGUUUGGGUUUCCAGGCCCUGUCUAAUCAGCGACCAGCAGGCUCUCCUCCCCCUCAGGUAUCUGCUGUUAACUACCAGAUCUUUGUCCACCCAGGUGCAACAGCUGUCUCUGCUUCAGGCUCUGGUCCUAUUAAUACAGAAGCUCUUAUUGGCCAACCAGCUGCAUCUGCUGCACCCAUCGCUGCUCCCCAGGUCAGUUUUGAUGUUCGAAAUGAAGCUAAUGAAGAACAUAGUUUCCUGCAACCAGGUGGUAGUAGUGCUGCAGCUCCUGCUCCAGUACUUCCGUCAUCAUUAUCAGCUGCUGCCGCACUUCCAGCUCCUGCUCCUGCAAUUCAAACAAGCACUGUGGCAUCUGUCUCCCCUGUUGUAUCUGCUCAGACAGGAGCUGCUCCUUUAUCUCCAAUCAGUGUAAGUGUCCAGCAGGCAACACCAGCUCCCAUUUCGUUCGUAACCCCAGCUCCACCACGCGUUAAUGUUGCUGUUCAAGCUGCACCCCAGCCCACAAUUAAUGUACAACAAAUUCCUAUUGCUCCUAUUGAAGUCAGGCUGCAAGCUGCUCCAUCACCUUCAAUUAAUGUUCAAGCUCCCCAGGCCCCACCAGUUAGCGUCAGACUGCAAGCAACCCCAGCUCCUCCCAUCAACAUUCAGGCUGCUCGUCCAUCCCCCAUUAAUAUUGCUGUCAGAAAUCAAGCCCCUGGUCCUAUAACUCUGCAGGCUGCUAGGCCAUCACCUGUCAAUGUUGCUCUUCUUGGGUCAUCUCAAGGCUCCAUUAAUGUUCACGGUAUUGCACAUCCUCCAUUAAAUGUUGGUGUUCGUACACCUACUUCUAGUGUAAGACCAGCAGUCCUUUCUCCAAUAAAUUUAGCUGCUGUUCACACAUCCCAAGCUGGACCAGUUACUGUUGGCCAGGGUGCUCCUGUUAAUCUUGCUGUAAGAACUUCUAGUGGUUCUGCUUUGGCUGGAGGGGCUGGACUUCUGGGAGGAUUUCAAAAUACCCGUAGGGGUGUUGUAGCUGCGACCACCGUACCUGUGGGUGGUCUUCCAGUAGGUGGCAGAGGCAGUUUUGCAAGAGGAAUUCCCUUUGGAACUCGAUUAGUAGGAAGCCGACCAGUUGGUAACUUGAUAUAAUCUGUACUAUGUUUUGAUGAGUUUCUCCCAAAAGUAACCAAGCAAAACCAACUAAAGAGAGAACAUUAUUUCUCUGUUGAGAAUGACUGAGGCCUUGGUUUCAAUCUUGUUUCGAGGUUUUUCCUCUGAUAUGAAACUGAUAGUUAGUGUUCUAAAUGCUGAUUAAUAUUAGCUUACACUGUGCAAUAAGAUAAUUCUGUUUGUAGUUAAUUGAUCUAACUGUGACACAGAAACGAAUGCCUACAUUGUUCCAGCUUAAGCUAGUACUAAUCACAAUUCUAAGUCACCUAUUUUGUUGACAAUGUUACGUUACCCAGUAACCAUGUUUUGUUAUAAAUUAUUGCCUGUUAUGUUUUAUAUUUUUGUACGACAAAUCACAUAUUUCUCUAUAUAUUUCCUACUUUUAUACCUCAAAUGUUUUGAAUAAAAUAUUGUUACAAA